CUUUAUGUGAAUAAUAAUUUAACGACAACCUGAUGAUCAGUUUAAUGGACAAAUCUGACGAUUGGCUUAAUUAUCAAUCAUCUGAAAUUCAAUGUGAUCAGCUGAAAGAGAUUCUGGAGGAACGUGGUUUGUAUCGUUACGACUUGAAAGAGCGGGAACUCGACGAGAUCAACGAAGGGACGACACGAAAUAGAACAGUUUGGUAAUGACUGAAAGGGAGGAAGAAGAACGCGUGGAAAAGAUUGAAAAAUUCAGAGAAGCUUCGUCAUCUCGGAAAGAAGUCGAGGAAUUCCCGCGCGAAAGAUGGACGAGUCCGAAGCUUCGUCAACGUCUUUUUAAAAACUGGCUUCACCGAGAAAUUUCACAGCGUUUAAAGAAAAAAAAAACUACCGUUUUUAGACUUCUGAAUGCAAUGGGCUUUACUCUCGACGAAAGAAGAAGAAUUACGAAAAUUAUGGAAUUUGGAAUUAGAGUGUCCGCAGGAAGUCGAUUCCUCCAUGUCUUCGACAACGAAGAGGAAUACUUGUCGUCGGACAGUCUUUAUUUGAAAUAUCUGCUCAGCAAACACUUGACACACGCUAUUCGAGAAAUGAUCACUAGGAAACCUUCCAACUCCGUCGAAUAUCUUGGCCACUGGCUCUUAAAUUACAAAGUCGAUUGUUCCAAAGUUCCCUGCGACUCUCAGAUUUGUCAACUGUAAAAAUUUCAGAUCCGCGAGGAGAGAGAGAGGAGGAGGAAGGAGUUCGAGUUGGAGCUGAUGAUC